AUAAGUUACACGAUCCAAUUACUGAAAAUUGGCCAAAACUUUAUGUCGAAAAGAAAAUAAAGAUGGAUUUUGCUUUUCUAAACAUGUCGGAAUUACCAUCUGAAAUCCUAAAUAUUGUAUACAAACACUCAAGUAACAAAGAUGUUUUACAAUGUGCUCUGACCUGCAAAAGUUGGAAAGAAAGUGCAUUAACACAUUACUACAAUAGUCUGUCCAUCGACAGUAAACGAGCUUUCCAAACAAAGAAACUGCUACAAUUAGAUCCCAUCGAACGCAAUCGUUACUUUCAAUACGGCACUUUUACAAAAAAGCUUGUUGUUCAUAAGGAUUAUGGAUUUUACAUACCUAUUGAUUUAAGAGAUACAGUCGUUCACUAUACAAAGGAAGAAUGGAUUCAGCUUUUAAAAUACCUACCAAACAUACAAGUUCUGGAUUUAUUUCAGAGUAAGGGCUCCCUCAAAUAUUUGGAUUACAUCCUAAACUGUACGGAAUCCGACAAAAUAUUGCAAAAAACUAGGGCCAUCAUAGUGGCUGAUAGAAAUAGCCAUAUGGCUGGCGCCAAGGUUCCCAAUGACAUUUACUUUGCCGUCUGCUACAAGUAUCGUGCAACCAUUACCACGUUAGAAGUUGAAUACAAUUCCAAGCCUUUUAGUUCUGGACAUAUUAAAGGCGAUAUGCUUACGAUGUUAUAUCAUUUCAACAGCUUGACUCAUUUAACGUUCAACAAUAAUUGUGAUGACCAGUUGACUACCUUGGAUAUCAUGGAUGCUUUUCCCCAUUUAGUAUCAUUAGACUACAAAAGCAAGUAUAUCAUUCCAGAAGUAAUUGUAAAGAAUAUUCUUGGUGGUGACACGAACCGCAAGAAAUUGAAUAGUAGCUUUAAAGAAUUGCAUUUGACGAUCCCAACUAUUUCAAUGCAUUAUGCUGAUUAUAUUAAAGACUAUGUCGCACCGCAUUUGGAUGUCCUGAAGCUGAAAAUUUGUAACAUGGAUAUAUUCGAUUGGGUCGAAAGAUUUGGACUUUAUAAUGCGGUGGGGUUUUUACGCAGUUUAAGCAAGGUUAAAACGGCUAGUAUCAUUUGGGAACCUCAGGAACACGAUGAUAGACUUAUUAAUACAAGCCCGGAAUCAAAAGCCACAGUUUUCUUUACAUUACUUAACGCAAUGAUAAGAAACGAAAAUAUGCACUGUCGAGCACACUAUAGUUACGAAAGUACACACAAAUCUUUAAGUGUAACUCCAGAUAACCACUUGUAUUUUGUUUACAGCCUGAAGGAAUCUGAAUAUUAUCUACCAUUGACGAAUCCAGACUUUGAACAAGGGUAUCCAGUAUCACUUCCUGUUCAAUUUGGAAAACCCAAUCGUUCCACUUCAUUUAUAGGACCAGAAGUCAUUAAUCAGAUCAAUGUAUUUCUAGACGACACACGUCCAAAUUUGCCGUUGGAGUUCUUGCGAUAUGUGUUGGUGAACUGCCCAAACCUCCAAAAGUUUUGGUGCGUCUUAGUUGGUGAUGAUAACCAUACAAUAUUACUCGAUUCCAAUCCUAAAAAGGGCAAUGACAUUGUAAAAGGCAUUCCAAACUCAAUAAAUAGCACACAAGCAAAUAUCAAUUUCGUCGCGACUGAAAACAUAGUCCCACCCAAAGAAAUGCUGUGUCUCAUUCAUCAAUACUUGCCUGCCGUAGAAAAACUGAUAUGUACUCUGGAUGAUUUGACUAACCCACCUGUUGAAUUGUUUGAAGUGGACCUGACAGCAUUUAUGUAUUUAAAGUCAGUUCGGCUGGAUGUUCAAUUGUUUGAUUGUGACAGACAAAAUACCGCAUUUCUGGAAAUACAGUACUUGGAUAAAGAUUGGGAAUACUACCGUCUGUGGGGAGAUAAUAUGACUUUGACUGUAACUAGAACUACUUUGGAACAUAUGAAUGAGCGGAUAAGUAUAAGAGAGUAUGGUGAUGUUGGAAAAGCUUUCAUCCAGUGCCGCAAGCAGGUCAAACUCGAACUGUUCUCUAACCGUUCAAGGACGACAGAAAUUUAUAACGGAAAAAUCAUUCCUAAAUAAUUAAACGCAAUGUCUUUUUAAAUGGAAGGAAUAACUUGAUUAUAAUGAUUUCGGUGUCCAAAAAAUUGAAUUUCUGGUAAACAUGUCGAAGUUACCGUUGGAAAUCCUACAUGCUGUAUACAGCCAUUUAAAUAAAAGAACUGUUUUUCAAUGUGCUUUGACUUGUAAAAGCUGAAAAAAAAGGCACGUUAACAUUUUUAUACAAGGACUUGUCUAUCAAAUUCGAUG